AUGACGUCAGCUCCUUCUCAAGAUAAGUUCAUUACCGGACAGCGAGUAGCUCUUAAGGAGCCCGAAAAGGGCCUCCGUUACGCGCCGCGUGGCACCGUGCGAUACGUCGGACCCGUGGACGGUCACAAGGGCGAGUGGGUUGGCGUAGAGUGGGACGAUCCUUCGCGAGGAAAGCAUGACGGAGUGGUAACCGGGAAACGUUACUUCCAUUGCGAAAUGGUCCCUGCUGGCACGCCAGCCGGAUCGUUUGUGCGACCGCAAAAGCUGACUGGAGGGGUCACUCUGCGUGAUGCAUUGCUGGACCGCUAUAACACAAGCGGGGAGGACUAUAAAGCGGAGCCCAUUUACAGGGCUCUAGGCCGGCGAAGGGCCAUGGUGAUCGAAUUCGUGUCUGCUCCAGCGAAUAAGAGUGGAGCAGAUAGGGCUGGAGAAGGAAUCGAUACAGCUGUGCUGGGGAAUGAUAGAGACGCAUCUGGCGGAGUGGGGGGAUCUGAGGAAAAAGGGACUCAGGAUGAAUCAAUGGGAACGAAUGGAGGCAUGUUGGGUGGAAGAGAAGGCAGGGAAGAGGACAAGGGCGAGCCGCCCAAGAGAAACGGGAUGUGGCUGUCUCGUCUCCAGGCUGCAAACGUGUCGGAAGUGCCUGUGGGGUCGGUGGGAGCUGUAGGGGAGGUCGCAGCUAUUGCAUCCCUGACAGAGCUUGACAUGUCAUACCACCUGCUCAACACCUGGCACGAGGUGCAGAGGGUAGGGGAGGAACUGCCAGGCCUCACAGCCCUGGACAUCGGCCAUUCCAGACUCUCCUUCCCUUCGUUUGUUGGAGUCUCGCCUCCUCCUCCUCCUGCGCUCUCCGUCUCUCCGUUGGCUGCGCUAAGGAAGCUUGGGCUGAGCAACACACGGGUCACAUGGGCCCAGUUCCGCCUCUCCUUACAGUGGCCCAUCGUCAUUGCAGCUUACUGCAUUCUCCUUGUCUUAACAGGCUCCUGCCGACCCUUUUCUCUCCAACCCCCUGCUGUCCUCCCCUCUUCUCCACCUUCUCCUCUUCAUCCCCUCCCGUCCCAACCCUCCUCUCCAACCACUCCUCACCUGACGUACCUGGACCUAUCGGACAAUCGCAUUGCUGACUGGGCCCAAGUCUCCUUCCUCUCAGCCUUACCUUCCUUGAAGUGGCUGCUGCUAUCAGGAAACCAAAUCACCAACAUCCCAGGGAAUGAUGGCUCGCCUGCAAACGCCUCUACCUUUCACAACCUGCACCAUCUUUCAUUAGCUGACAACAACAUCUCUCAAUGGUCGUCCAUAGAUGCCCUGGCCAUCACAUGCCCGAACCUCAAGGAGCUUGUUCUCUCCCACAAGCCAUAUGUGCCCAGAUUGCAUUCAGCCAAUCAAACGCCAGCAUCAGCCAGUGCUCCAGCCAAUGGCAACGUGACGAAGUGCAACGGGACAGAGGGCAGGGCAACAGCGAAUGGGAGCCUGACACCUGGCAGUGACGGUGCUGCUGCUGCUGAUGGGGAGGAGGGUGGGAGGGUGGAGAGGUGUGAGUUUGGGCUUGGGGUGACGGAGGAGGGGAGGAUGGGAGUGAUUGCGAGAAUGGGGUCAAUUCAGAAGCUCAAUUGUGUUCAGAUCCUACCCAGGGAGCGCAUGGAUGCAGAGAUAUGGUACAUCUCCCACACCAUCCGAUCGCUCCCCCAUGCCACAUCCGUUCCCCAACUCAUCUCCUCCGGCCACCCAGCAAUCCCUGCUCUUCUUGCCAAAUUAGGCCUUGACUUGGUAUCAGAGCGACGGAAACUCCUCCCAGGCGUCCAUGCCAACGCUUCCACAGCUGCUACUCUUGCUCCUGGUUCUGCCGGUGCUGCUGGUGGUGCUGGCAGUGCUGGAAGCAAUGCUGCUGAUGUUACUGCCAGCUCCAACCACCCCAGAAGCUCUUCGUUCCUCAGUAAGCCCUCAGACCCCUCCUCUUAG